AUGAAUGCAGGACGCCGCAAAAAAAGACAUAAGCGACCCACCCGUGCCACCUCACCCGUACAGGAGAGGAUCUUCACAGGAAAUGGUGUUAUCAUCUCAUGGGACGGACCGAGCGAUCCUGAUAAUCCGUUCAACUGGUCCUCGAAACGAAAAAUCUGGGCUGUUGGUAUAGGUCUACUCAUCAGCUUUGUAUCGGCAUGCAAUGGUACUCUGCUCUCGGUGGCUCACAACGAGAUCAACAGCGAUUUUGGUGUCUCGGACGAGCACUUCCCACACUCGUACUGGCCCACUGCAUCAUGGGGUGUGGGUGGCGCGAUAUUCCCACUGCUUCUGUUUCCGAUCAUGGAGGAUUUCGGUGUCCGACGAGUUCUGAUUGGCACCUAUUCGUUCUUCGUCCUGAUGCUCAUCCCGGUAGGCGUUGCGCCCAACUUUGCGACCCUCAUCGUCACCCGCUUCUUCACCGGAGGCUGUGUGCAGCUUCUCAGCAACGCGGUCGCAAGCAUCAUCUCCAACGUUUUCCGCGACGACAACGAGAGAAGCCUACCGAUCUGCCUCUAUGUCACCGUGUACUUGACCUCCACAAGUAUCGGCCCCGUCAUCGGCGCGAGCAUACUCGAGCAUCUUGGUUGGCGAUGGAUCGGAUUCAUCGAGCUGAUCUGGACAGCGUGCUUGCUCCCGGUCUUUGCCAUCGCCUUGCCAGAGAGCCGUGGGUCGGUCAUUCUUCAAAAGCGCGCGCAGACCUGGCGACGGCAAGGGCAGACGGUGCACACGGCAGCAGAGUCACGCCGCACUAGCCUCGGACAAGUCCUCGCGAGCAGCGUCUACAGGCCUCUAUAUAUGCUCUUCACUGAGCCAGUCGCGAUUUUCGCCUCUCUAUGGGCAGCCUUCAGCCUGGGGACGAUCUACAUGUUCACGCAGUCAGCCGAGCAAGUCUUCGGAGCUCUCUACCAGUGGACGGCGAUUCAAUCAAGCUACAUCCAGGCCGCAAUCGUCCUGGGCGAGUUAUUCGGCUGCGGACUGUGCGCCUACUCAAAUAAAUGGUAUUAUGCUUCCGCAGAUCGGAACAAAGAGACCCCCGGUUUACCCAUUCCAGAAGCUCGCCUGUACCCUGCAAUCAUCGGAAGCGUUUUCGGCGUGACAGGUGGUAUGCUCGUGUACGGCUGGACACCUCUCAACUCAGCAUCGUGGGUCGCUCCUGCCUUCGGCUUGGGCAUGGUUGGUCUGGGAACAACCACGGUCAUCGUGGGCAACGCGAAUUACCUGAUCGACGCGUACAGCCAUUACGCCGCGAGUGCCCUCGGCGCCGUGGGCCUGGUGGAGAACCUCGCAAUCGCCUUCCUCCCUCUGGCCACGACGGCCAUGUACAGUAACCUGGGUUUCGGAUGGGCAAGCACCCUUCUGGCGCUUUCCUCCCUUCUGCUUGCUUCGGCUCCCAUCGCACUGCUGGCCUUUGGGCCCAGAGUGAGAGCCUCCAGCCCCUUCAUGCGUGAUUCUGCGGCGGAGAAGCUUGCUCUUAUGACUUUUGCUCAGGCUGCAGAAGGUCAUGUGUGCGAAAAUCGUGAACAGUGUAAAGCAUAG